AAGCUUUUUGGCUGAAGCCAUUCGGUUCGGCAUUUCAGGUGCGAUAGCUGCCGUGCCCACUUCAGCGCGUGCGGCCACCUCAGCGGGCAAUGGGCUGCGGGGCCUCGGUUGACCAGGGCCCCCAGCCAGCGCCACAUGACCCGCUGCCCGGGCUCCUGAAGGAGAUCCACGACCAGCAGGAGAAACUCAGGGGCCACGUCGGUGACUACGCGAACGAGAUGCACGAAGAGCGCUACGUGAAGACCACUCUGAUGAAGCUGAGCACGCACAUCAAGUGCAUCCAGGACCGCAAGGGUGAUGAGGACGCCCUCAACGACGCUCUGCAGUACCACGUCGCUGAUCAAGAUGCGUUCGACCUCCGCGAGGCUUCCGUGGGCUUUGGCACGGACGAGUCGAAGAUGGCGACGGUGAUCGUGGGUAGGCUUCGAGAGAAUUUGGUCCUUGCGGACGAGAUCUACAAGAAAAAAUACAACCGAACCGUCGAGGAUCAGAUUCGGGGCGAAAACAAGACAUUCCUUGGCCUCCUCACUGGAUCCCUCACCGAUUUCGGACGCUUCCUCGUCUACAGGACCAUGGAUCCUGCCGCGCGGGACGCGUUUCUGAUUCACAAGUGCAUGGCCGGCUUUGGCUGUUCCGACUUCAUUCUCGUCGAGAUUCUUUCCACGCGGACAAACGACCACUUGAGGAAGGUCGCCGAGAAGUACGCGGAGAGCCGCGAUGGUGAGGACAUGGUCGAGAGGAUCAAGAAGGAGACGGGUGGUUUCGGCAAGAAGUGGUACGGCCUGUGGGUUGACACGCUCGUGGAAUUCGACCGGGACGAGUCCCACGAGGUCACCAUCGACCCCGCCGCCGUCGCCAAAGAAUUGUAUGACGCGGGUGAGGGGAAGUGGAUGGGUUGCGACGAGAAGCCCUUCAUCGACCACCUCUGCAAGGCCAACGAGGAGACCUGCCUGGCCAUCGCUGCGGCCUACCAGGAGGCCUACGGCACGCCGCUGGCAACCGCCGUGGAGAAGAAGAUGGGAGGGGACCUCGAGUUCUCCUGCCUGGCGCGCGUGCGAUCGCAGAGCGAGUUCUUUGCGGUGCGGCUCUACAAAGCCUGCAAGGGCUGGGGCACGGACGAGGAGUGCAUCGCCCGGGUCAUCGGCUGCCUCCACAAGGCCGAGAUCUGUGCGGUGGACGAGGCCUACGCCCGGCUGUACGGCGAGGAGGAGGCGCCCUUCAACUCGCUCCGGGACCUGCUGUCCUCGGAGCUCAGCGGCUCCUUUCUCGAUGCGGUUCUGCGGUGCCUGGAUACCGUCCCUCCCAAGGGGCACAUGCUCGACGAGCAUCACUACGAGCCGCUGGCCAACAAAUCCGGUGAGGAGUUCGCGGGGAGGAUUGCGGAGUCCUACGAAGACGCCGCCGCCAAGUCCAAAGGCCAAGAGGACAUGCACGGUCCGCUGUCGCUGGUCAACGUGCCUUGCGCUGAGAACUUUGAGAUGCAGGAGCGAUGGGAGAUGGAUAUCGAGCCUAUGCUCCCCGUGUGGCAGGACACCGUGGACCGCAGCGAGUUCUUCCCGAACGACCCCGACAACGUGGAUGACGCAAAGGCAUUACUAGGGAAUCUCCAGACUGAGAACGACAAGAUGAGCCGCAGUGUCGACGCGCAGAGAGAAGCUGUCAGAGGCCUCGCCGAGCACAUCCCCAAGCGAUGCCACGAGCUCCGCUUCGUGGAGCGCUACUGCAACCAGAUCAUCGCCGACAACGAGGCCAUGCUCGAGUUCUGCGCAUCGCGCGAUGCGGAUUACGUUCACGAGGCAGUCGACGGCUGGGGCACCGACGAGGACAAGCUGAUCCGGGUGCUUUGCUCGCAGCAGAGGCCGCAGCUCCGCCGCGUGGACGCCAUCUACGCCGAGCGCUACGGCAAAAGCCUGCGCGAGGUGUGCGACGGCGAGCUCGGAGGCUUCUUCGAGGGCAGCCUGAAGUACUUCAUGAAGUGCGCGAUGACCCCCGACGCGGAGAUCGACGCCGAACUCUUGAAAGAGAGCAUGGCGGGCUGGGGCACGAACGACAACCUCCUCUGCGAGCUCGCAUGCACGCGGAGCAACCGGGAGCUCCGCGACGCCAAGACGGUCUUCGCGGAGCAGAACGGGAAGUCUGUCGAAGAGUGGGUUGAGGGCGACACUAGUGGCAAGUACGAGUCUUUCCUCCUCGCUUGCCUGCGCGCGGACCGGUGCGAGUCGACGGAUGUCAACGAGGAGCUUGCGGCGUAUCAGGCGCAGAGGUUGUAUGAUGCCGCGUCCUCCUUUACCGACGUCUUCUGCGACUCGGCCGCGUACAUCGACGUGCUCGCCAGGGCCUCCGUGAAGCAGGUGGAGUGCAUCAAGACCACAUUCGAAGCAAAUUUUGGUGAGUCGCUGGAGGAGUACAUCAAGAGCAAGAUGAACGGGGACUGGGAGCGGGUGCUGCUCGCUAGGAUCCUGGACAAGCCGACCUACUACGCCAGGAUCCUCGAGAAGGCCUUCAAGGGCUUGGGCACGGACGAGAACGCUGUCUCGCGGGUGCUUGGCCGGAACACGAAGGGCUCCAUCAGGAUGAUCGCCGCGAGGUACGAAGAGUUGUACGGGAGGAGCCUCCACGACGCCAUCGUGAGUGAGACGUCUGGGAAUUUCAAGAAGGCUCUCCUGACCAUGCUCUUCUCUGAGGCUCCCGCCGGGGAGAAAGACCCUGGCUUGGAUGGAGACGCGGCGGGCGAGGGGGAAUAGCUUAGACUUUCCUCUGGCCGCGAGCUGUCUGGCAAGCUGCACUCGUCGUUGUGGACGCCACUCCCGCGCUCAGCAGCGCGUGCACGUGUCCGCCCUUCGUCCACCUCAUCGUGCCCGAGGCGCCCCUCGGCGUGGAGAGCCCCCCGCUCCCGCGGCGCCUCCUCCUCCUCCUCCCCCUUGGCAGUCGGGGCUACACUUCAGCCAUCAGGACUUAGAUUGAGCCAUGAGGAGGAGGACGAGGAGGAGGAGGAGGAGGAGGAGGAAGAGGAGGGAGGAGGAGGAGGCCAACGAGCCCACAGGACAAUUGAGCCAACAGGCCGGGCGCUGGCACUGUCGGGAGCGCG